UUCAUAUGGGAAAGAAGAAGCUUGUUUGCCCUCUCCCACGAAGCCGCUAGCGGCGAAUGGUUGAUCGUCCCACAAUGGUUGACUUCGCCAUCACCGCAGGGUUGGGUAGACAUUCCUUUUUUCGGUGAACGGCUCAGCUGACCUAUGACCUGACGCCAUCACAGCGCCAACGGGGAAGCGACCCCGAUGAAACUGGCAGACAGUCGCCGAACUGUUGAAGUCUGAAUGAGGACAACCUUAAUUUUUUAAUUCAGUUCUUUAUAGGACAAUACACAUAGCAGAAGGGAAUUUAAAUAAGUUCAGAGGAGAGCGCGAAUUCCCAAAAGGUCGUAAAACAAUUGCGAACGAGCGGCAACAGCAGCUGCGAGUGUUCAGGUGCUCUUACAACGGUGUUCAGUGGUUAUACAAUAGAAUACCGCGAGAUUAAGUAAAGACAAGAUGCCGUUGGUCAUUAACGACCAGGUUCUCGACUUCAUGCCAGUGGAUACACACAGCCUAUUCGAGCGCUUUCCACACUUCAAGGAUAUGAGCUCACUCCUGGUAUCGCAAGUGGCUAAAGUGGUUAGCCCACACGGACUCUUGUACAUACACCAACGGGAGUUGGCAGUAACCGCUGCAUCUGAUAAACAUGUCUCAAUCAUUGGUACGGACGACAUGACGACGUGUCAAUGCGUAAUUAUUCGCCACACGGGUAAUGGAGCAGUUGGUUUAGGUCAUUUCGAUGGAAACGGUAUUGAGGAUGGCGUCAGUAAGAUAAUUCACAAAUUGCAUGAUCUGUCGCACGAACAGUACCAGUAUGGGCAACCUGAAAGCAAGCAAAAUCGUUUUGAGGUUACCAUUGUUGGAGGGUUUUUAGAUCAGCGUCAAUUGUCUGAGCAAAUCAGCAUGCAGGUGCUAUACGCUCUGCAUAAACAGGCCAUACGCUUACAUUUGGUACAAAUGUGCGUUGGUGAACUCAACACUACGCAUAGAAAUGCGUUGAAUUGGCCGAUCGUGACAGGUGUUGGGGUGCUAAUCAAAACCGGUGAAAUAUUCCUUGCCUCAUUUCCUGAUAAGGGUCCAGAGUUAGAUCUUAGGAGUGCCGUCUUCUUCACGGGAUCGCGAGACGUCAAGCAUGUAAUGUUUGAUGUGUACGACUGUUCACUAGGCUUAAUGAAGAUUGGGCCGUUCAAUUAUGAACCCAUGAGGGGUGUGGACCUGUGGCUGCAGCAAAGUGACGACUUCAUCUUGCAGAACCUGUCGACUUCCCCUGAGGUUGAGCCCGCGCAUUUUGUCAUGAACGUUCGCGCCACCUUCAAGUUCAUCCAGCAAAACCCAUUUCCCACAGUCACUGUCUUUCCCGACAAUACAGCACACUUCUUCCGCAAAAACGAACAUGGACUAUGGGAUAUCUGUCGAUACGAUUUUCGUUGAUUUAUGUAACCCCUGAUGUGAUUAUGAGUGUAUAGGAGAGGGCGGCUCAUGUCGUUGGUUGAUCUAUGUGGGUUAGAUUGCUCGGUUGUAUACUUAUUGUUAAAUUGAGAUAUUAUCGUUUUUAUUUUUCUUAUUAUUACGAAUUAUUAUACCCGUGUUGUAUUUCUUAAAACGCCUUCUUCCAUACAAAUCGCGCAUGGAAGGUGCACAUCAAAAUGUAAAUACUGAGAUCAAGAGGAUAGACAACAGUUGGCCGUUUUCUGACUAAGGUUCAUGGUGGCUUUUUCUAUUUAUACAGAAUAGAAUACCUGUAUCUAUAUUAUGUCCUAAAAAGAUGUCGUUACAUUACCUCAAGCAAUUAGAUGAAGUAUAUUUAUUUGUAUACGCGUCCGAUAUGCAACUCAUGAUAUAGGGGUAUAUACCUAUGCUAAGCUCGGCCUUUAGACCAGGUUUAUGCACUUCAUAUUUGUUCUAUGGAAAGUUCAGGGCUCCAUCCUGGUCUUGACUUCUGGUUUAACGACGAUCAUAUUUUGUGUAGUAGACACAAAAUAUGAUAAAAUGAUAAAAUACGAGAAAAUGGAGUAAGCAAGUUAUUGAACACCAGCAACAACAUUAAAAAUUUUGUGCAUAUUGCCUUUCUCUGGUAGAGGUUUUGUAGACUAAGACCUGUUAAACUGAGCAUGUUUCUAUGAAUUGCAACUAUUGUGUCUAUGCUCGAAAGUGACAGACACCCGAGAUAACCAAGCCUUACCUGAGUAUCAAAUGGUCAUUGAUGCAAUUUAACAACAGCCAAAGUGGCAUAGCAUAUUUUCGCGAAGUUGUAAAUAGUUUUAUCAUAAUGAUUUGAAUAUACGGAUACUGUUAAAAACGAACGUGAUAUCGACACGAAGCAAAAGUUACAACAUGUUGAGCUUAUGUGAAAGCGUCUCAAAUAAAUACGAUAAUAACAAAAGAACGGUGACCGUUAUCAGGUGGUUUUAUUGUUAUUACUGUUUUUUUUAUCAUGAUGAUAUAUUACUAUGAUGAUAUGUUCUAAUUUCGGAGAUUUAGAACCAUCGCGUAUUUGACUUAAAUCCAGCAACGGUUAUAGCGUUUAUGUUGCUAUCUUUAGAUAAGAUCAGCCCAAUGUAAUAGGAGAAGUUUCAUCAGGUAGAUUUGAGUAUAAAGUUUGCCUGUUAUACAAACAUCUACCGAAAAACAAUGUAUAGCUAAGUAUUUAAAUGUUUAUGGACGCAUAGAUUAUAUAUGGCAUCACAUAAGUGCUAGUGAAAUAAAUUGGGUUUAUCUUGCACCCCAUCAGAUGUAUAAUGUUGACUCUGGGUCGAGCUUUUAUCCUUGCUAGUUGAUUAAAACUAAGAAACAGGUCAAAAUUUUAAGAUGUUUCGCGCUAAACGCUUACGACGGAGAUUUUCGUGUCGAAACGGUCCUUCGUGACACCCGUGAAGUUUCAGCAGUAGAAGUACAUUAAGCGUUCUUUCAAUCAGUUCUUUAAAACAAUCUCUGAAGUGUAUUCCGGUCAAGCCAUAGCAUGAGUGAAAAAGUAGUGCAGAAAAUAUUCAUGUAAAUGUAACACUAAAUUAUUUUUAAGUCAUUUUCGAAUUCAACCGCGCUCAUAGAAUUAUAUAUACGAGUAAGUCAAUCAAUUUAAACCAACAAGUUAGAAAGAGGACACUGUAAAAACUAUCUUAGUCAAUCUAACAUAUUUGCUUUGAAGCCUCGGCUUCCGACUCCGUUUUUCAGUGAUGAGGGAUAGCCCCGUCUCUGGUACAAUUGAAGGACGUUAAUCGCAAAAUUUUUCAAAAUAUUUAGAGGACAGAGAUGCAAAAAUAGUGCUAUCAAUAGCAGUUUCACAAAUUACUCUUAAUUUCAGUUUACUAUGAUUUUACGGCUACAUUGAUACUUUGCUUCUAAACAAGUGAGUUUCUAGCGGCUGCAAGGAUCGAUUUUGUCAAAGAAGAUAACUUCAUAAAGGUCAUACGAGACAAUAACAUAAUGUAAUUCCACUUUGUACAUGACAGUAAUAGAUUCAUUAUAAUAAUUAUGCACGUUUACCCAUUUUCUAAUCAGAAGAGCACCCUAGAGGUCCCGAAAAUAAGUAUAUAUAAGCCAUAUAAACCUUUAGUGCAAGGUCUAU